GUUACAGUUAAGAAGUCCUUUUACUUGUUCAUGCCAUGCUCACAUUAAUAUAUGUUACAUUUACUGGUAGAACACUAUGUAAUUUUUGAUAUAAAACUAAAGACUGAAAAAGUUUCACUUCAACAAUUUCAGACAUAUUUAGAUUCAGCUGAUGCAAAUGGCCUUUUCUCAACCAGGCAUGUCAAAAAACAUGAAGAAAGGUGCCCCAAAAAGCCAGAGAAGGACUUCAGCAUGUGCUGCAUAUUUCCCUCUGACUUCUUAUAAACAGAACUAAUGUGAUAAUUCCAAAAAGUCCCUCCUCAAACACAUGAAGAUCCACACCUCUACGGGAAAAUAACUGUUGUUGCUUUCUCCAUAUCUGCUUGCUGAAUAAACUCCCUUUAUUUAAAUUUUUAUUCAGUAGAAGUGUCAGGUAGUUUUCAGAUUAAUUAAGUAUGUUACUUUCAUCUUGUCAAGACCAGUGAUUGUUGCUGGUAAUGUUCAAUUAUUAAAAUUAUGGGGCUUCAGUAAUAGGAGUUUGCUACAAUCAUCAAUCCUACUUAGAGCAUUUAUUCAUGUGACUCUUCCCUUUCAAAGCAGGACUCUGGGGUGUGCUUACAUAUGCAAAAGAAAAUAACACUGAACCUUAUUUCCUAAGGUAAUUUACAAAGAACAGUGAAGUUUCCACAUAAUUUCACAUUAUAGGGAGGAAAAUUAUGGAUCAAAUCUUGUUUUAUUAACAGCACUGCAGCACAAUUAUAAUGCUAAAUUAGACUAAACGUUGUCCAAUACUCUUCAGUUUCAUACAGCAGAAAGUUCAAAUGUGGGACAAACUAAGGAGUUCUUCCUAUGUGAUAUUUCAAGGAAUGUAGAGACAAAAUCCACUUUUGCACAGCCCUCACAGACCACCACCUUCAGCCUCUGAGGCAAAUGAUGGAUGAAGUAAAAAUCGCUAAGGUCUUUGGGCCGCCUGUCGCCCUUUCCCCACCCGCCUCCCAGUCCCAGCCAUGAGGAAUUUCUGUGCCAAAGGGAACUCCGGCUGCCCUGUCGCGACAUUGCUGACACGCUCCGGUCCCUCCUCCCGCGCCGGAGCCGCGGUGCUCGCUGGGUGCUGUAGUUCCGGGCCCGGCGGAGGAUCCUUCCCGCUCUCGAAUCCCCAGUGGAGCACAAGUUGUGUUCAUAAAUGCAGCCAAGGAGCUGAGUGUAACCCCCAGCUGUGUGCACAGGGCCCUGGUGGUGAGGAAGAGCUCUCUGGUUUGUUGGUGAGCCCCAGCUGCCUCCCUACAGUGAGGAUAAAGGUUCUCUGGGCUGCUGCUCCUCCCUGCUGGCUUUGGGGAUAAACUCUGGGAAUCUCCUUGUCUGCACUCUGUCCUUGCCUCCUCUCCUCCUGGAUAUAUGGAGUGAUUAACUCAUUUCUUCUUUCCUGUCCUCACUUCAUAUAAGGAUCUAACAACAGACCCUCUCCUGAAAUGUUCCUUCUCUUCAUUUUAAAACAUCUCCUCCUCCUUUACCAAAGCAGACAAUGGUUGCAGAAGGGCCAUGGCUGAGCGGGUGCUGGUGAUCGGCAGCGGGGGCAGGGAGCACGCCCUGGCCUGGAAGUUGGCCCAGUCCCCACAGGUCCAACACGUCUUUGUGGCUCCAGGCAAUGCAGGGACAGCUGACAAUGGGAAAAUCUCCAAUUCAGCUGUUCCAGUCAGUGACCACGCUGCUGUUGCCCAGUUCUGCAAGGACCAGGACAUCAGGCUGGUGGUGGUUGGUCCUGAGGUUCCUCUUGCUGCUGGAAUUGUGGAUGACUUGACAGCAGCUGGGAUCCAGUGCUUUGGCCCCACAGCAAAGGCAGCUCAGCUGGAGUCCAGUAAGAGCUUCACCAAAGCCUUUCUGGAUCGUCAUGACAUCCCCACUGCCAGAUGGAAAUCCUUCACUGACCCCAAAGCAGCCUGUGCCUUUAUCAACAGUGCCACCUUCCCUGCUCUGGUUGUCAAAGCCAGUGGCCUGGCAGCUGGCAAAGGAGUCAUCGUGGCCUCGAGCAAGGAGGAGGCCUGCAAAGCUGUCACUGAAAUCAUGCAGGAUAAGAGUUUUGGCACAGCUGGAGAAACUGUUGUUGUUGAAGAACUUCUUGAAGGAGAAGAAAUUUCUUACCUGUGUUUCAGUGAUGGUGUCACCAUUGCUCCCAUGCCCCCAGCCCAGGACCACAAGAGGCUGCUGGAUGGGGAUGAAGGCCCCAACACAGGAGGGAUGGGAGCUUAUUCCCCAGCUCCUCAGAUUUCUAAAGAUUUGCUGCAGCAGAUAAGAGAGACUGUUCUUCAGAAGACUGUUGAUGGCAUGAGGAAAGAAGGUGUCCCCUAUUUGGGUGUGCUUUAUGCUGGAUUAAUGCUCACCAAAGAUGGGCCUAAAGUUCUGGAAUUUAACUGCAGAUUUGGUGACCCAGAGUGUCAGGUGAUUCUGCCCCUGCUCAGGAGUGACCUGUACGAGGUGAUGCAGGCAGUGAUCAACAGGAGGCUGGCCAGCUCCAUGCCAGCCUGGAGAGAGGACAGUGCAGCUGUGACUGUGGUCAUGGCCAGUCAAGGAUACCCAGGGGCAUAUCCCAAGGGCUUGGAAAUAACAGGGCUGGCCAAGGCCAAGCAGCUGGGGCUGGAGGUGUUCCACGCAGGCACAGCCCUGAAGGAGGGCAGGGUGGUGACCAGCGGGGGCAGAGUGCUCACAGUCACGGCCAUCAAGCAGGACCUGCCCUCGGCACUGCGAGAAGCCAACCUGGGCGUGGCUGCCAUCCACUUCCAGGGGGCCACCUACAGGAGGGACAUUGGCUACCGGGCCAUAGCCUUCCUCAGGCAAUCCAGAGGCCUGACCUACAAGAACAGUGGGGUGGACAUUGAAGCAGGGAACACUUUGGUGCAGAAGAUCAAACCCUUUGCUGCAGCCACAUCCAGGUCAGGCUGCAAUGCAGAGCUUGGAGGCUUUGCUGGGCUCUUUGACCUGAAGGCAGCUGGAUACACAGAUCCCAUCCUGGUGUCUGGAACCGACGGCGUCGGCACAAAACUCAAGAUCGCUCAGGAGUGCCAGAAACACGACACCAUCGGGCAGGACCUGGUGGCCAUGUGUGUCAAUGACAUCCUGGCCCAGGGAGCCGAGCCCCUCUUCUUCCUGGACUAUUUUGCCUGUGGCAAACUCGACGUGGAAGUGGCUCAGGGCGUCAUUGCAGGGAUUGCUGAUGCUUGCAGGAAAGCUGGAUGUGCUCUUUUGGGAGGAGAAACAGCCGAGAUGCCGGGGAUGUAUCCCCCCGGCGAGUACGACCUGGCCGGCUUCGCCGUGGGGGCUGUGGAGAGAGGGCAGAUGCUGCCCCAGCUGGACAGGAUCACUGAGGGGGACCUGCUCAUUGGGGUGGCAUCUUCUGGGGUGCACAGCAACGGCUUCAGCCUCGUCAGGAAGAUUGUGGAGAAGUCCUCCCUGGAUUUCUCCUCCCGCGUCGGCGUCUCCGGGGAUCAGACUCUGGGAGAACUGCUGUUAACCCCAACCAAACUGUACAGCAAGACUCUGCUGCCUGUGCUGCGCUCGGGCCACGUCAAAGCCUACGCCCACAUCACUGGAGGGGGGCUGCUGGAAAACAUCCCCAGAGUUCUGCCACAGUCCUUGGGGGUUGUUCUAGAUGCUCUCACCUGGAAGAUCCCUGAAGUCUUCAGCUGGCUGCACAAGGAAGGGAACCUCUCAGAGGAGGAGAUGGCUCGGACCUUCAACUGUGGGGUUGGGGCAGUGCUGGUGGUGCAGAAGGAGAUGGCCCAGCAGGUCCUCAGGGACAUCCAGGCACAGGAGACUGCCUGGCUCAUUGGCAAAGUGGUGGCCCUACAAAAAGGCUCUGACAACGUUCAAGUGCUCAAUCUGCAUCGGGCCCUGCAAGCAAACAGGUCCCUGUGUGUGCACAGCCACAUCCAGGGCAAGCUCCAGCCAGGCAAAGUGAAGGUUGCUGUCCUCAUCUCUGGAACAGGCACAAACCUGGAAGCUCUCAUCAACAGCACAAAGAAAGACACCAGCUAUGCACAGAUAGUUCUGGUUGUCUCCAACAAAGCUGGUGUGGAGGGGCUGAGGAAAGCUGAGAGAGCUGGGAUUCCUACAAGGGUGAUUGAGCACACGAGGUACCCGAGCCGCACAGAGUUCGACAGCGCCGUGGACAAAGUCCUAGAGGAGUUCUCAGUGGAGCUGAUCUGCCUGGCUGGCUUCAUGAGAAUCCUCUCAGGCCCUUUUGUCAAGAAAUGGGAAGGGAAAAUCCUGAACAUCCACCCGUCCUUGCUGCCGUCCUUCAAGGGAGCGCACGCGCACAGGCUGGUGCUGCAGGCCGGGGUCAGGGUCACGGGCUGCACCGUGCACUUCGUGGCUGAGGAGGUGGAUGCUGGGGCCAUCAUCUUCCAGGAGGCCGUGCCAGUGAAGCUGGGGGACACGGAGGCCACGCUGGCCGAGCGGGUGAAGGAGGCCGAGCACCGGGCGUUCCCCGCCGCGCUGCAGCUCGUGGCCAGCGGCGCCGUGCGCGUGGGCGAGGCGGGCAAGAUCUACUGGAAAUAGAGCUGGGGCUCCUCCAGGGCCAGGCACGGGGCACUGGGGAUCUGUGCUGACCCACAGGGUGAAAGAUUCAAAUCCCAGCAGAGCCACCAGUGGGAAUUUUGGGGGUGUUCGCAGAGGGUGCAGCAAUGGCUCCUGUAAGUGUUUCCUGAUUUUAAUCGUAUUUUGGUUCUCAAUCGCUCUCCUAACAAGCCAAAUCCAGCCAGGUGGGUCUGAGCAGUCCUGGGGUGGACUCAGGGCCUUGUGCUGGGAAGGGCUGCUGAGGGAAACCUCAAACAAAGGCAGAAACCUCCACUCUGAAAACCCCAUCAAAGCAGGAAAAAGUGACCUCCCAAAACACCAGUACUGGAUUUUUCUCCAUUUGCUUCCUGGCUUGAUGGUGGUGGGUUUUGUCCUGCUCAGACCCUUGACACACCCUGUCAUUUCCAAACCUGAACCUGCUGUCCCUCAGAUGUCAGCAGGGCUUAGUGUCUGCUGCCCCUUUUUCCCCUCAGCAUUCCCAUGUGAAUUCCCCUCAGAUUUGAGUUUUUAUUUUUUUACAUGAGCAGAACAAAACAUGUCCUUGGCUUGUGAAUCAUUCCUCAGGAAUUCUGAAGUGCCUUUGUUCUUAGACCAGUGUUUUCACCUGCAAUAACACUGAGGGACACCCAGGAAUUAUGAACAUUUGGAAAACAAUUGGGGUUUUUAUUCAGCUCAACACUUGUGGUUUUCUUUUAAUAUUUCAGUGUUGUUAUGAAACCAUUUUAGUGUUCUAACUGAAAGGAUCAGGUUUCCCACACACAAAGCAGCUGAGGUGCUUUGGAGCUCCCCUUUAACACAGAGAAAACUGAUUUUAUUCUGGGCUCUGAUGUCCUGACGGUACUCCCAUGUUGGCAUAAUCUCCUUUGGGAUUUGAAAUAAAGCCUAAUAACGUUUAAAAUAAUAAAAAUACUCAAUCUACAA